AUGUCAGGUCCAGGAAGUGGUGGUGCUUACUCCUUCUCCCUUACUACUUUCUCUCCUUCUGGAAAGUUGGUUCAAAUUGAACAUGCGUUAGCUGCUGUAUCAGGAGGUACGACCUCGUUAGGUAUCAAAGCAACAAACGGAAUAGUAUUAGCAACCGAAAAGAAAUCACCUUCAUUAUUACUCGACACAUCAGCACUUGAAAAAGUAGCACCUAUAUGUCCUAACAUAGGUUUCGUGUAUUCAGGAAUGGGUCCUGAUUUCCGUCUCUUAGUUUCCAAAGCAAGGAAAAUCGCUCAAGCUUAUUGGAAAGUUUAUGGUGAAUAUCCACCUACUAAAGUACUUGUACAAGAAGUCGCCGGUGUCAUGCAGAAAGCUACUCAAUCUGGUGGUGUAAGACCAUAUGGUAUCUCCUUACUUAUCGCAGGAUGGGAUUCUCACAGAGGUCAAUCGUUGUGGCAAAUUGAUCCAUCAGGUUCUUACUGGGCUUGGAAAGCAAGUGCGAUUGGAAAGAACAUGGUCAACGCGAAGACUUUCUUGGAGAAGAGAUACAACGACGACCUCUCACUCGAAGAUGCUAUCCACACAGCCCUCUUAACUCUCAAAGAAGGUUUCGAAGGUCAAAUGACCGAACAAACGAUCGAGAUCGGAGUAGUCACGGUCCCUACAGCUGAGCAAAUGGCGGAAAAGCCAGGAGAGAGAUUACCUGCUACAUUUAGAAAGUUGACAGAAAAUGAAGUAAAGGAUUAUUUGUCUUUAUAG